CUUCAACAUUCCCUGAACACCAAAACCUCCACCACCCACCCUAAUUUUUACUACAAUGGACCUGCAGAGUCUCAAGGACCAAGUGAGCAAUCUCACGCUCUACGACCUCAAGGCUGGUGUCCGAAAGGUUCAGAAUGCCGUCAUGAAUUAUACCGAAAUGGAGGCGAAGGUGAGAGAGGCUACAAACAACGAACCGUGGGGUGCAUCCUCGUCCUUGAUGCAGGAAAUUGCCAAUGGAACAUUCAACUACCAACUCUUGAACGAGAUCAUGCCCAUGAUCUACAAGCGCUUCACCGAAAAGGCGGCAGAAGAAUGGAGACAGAUAUACAAAGCCCUCCAACUCCUCGAAUUCCUCAUCAAGAAUGGCUCUGAACGGGUCAUCGACGAUGCGCGCUCUCAUGUCUCGCUCCUCAAGAUGCUACGCCAGUUCCACUUCAUCGACCAGAACGGCAAGGACCAGGGCAUAAACGUGCGGAAUCGAGCUAAGGAACUUGCGGAACUCCUAGGCGAUGUCGAUCGAAUUCGUACCGAGAGGAAGAAAGCGCGGGCAAAUCGAAAUAAAUUUGGCGGCGUUGAGGGUGGCAUGGGCGCCGGUGGCUUCUCUGGCAGCGGAGGCUUCUCUGGAGGGGGAGGAGGCGGUGGCAGCAGGUAUGGAGGAUUUGGAAGCGAAGAGGCCGGCUAUGGUGGCUAUACUGGGGGUGUGUAUGGCGAUGGUGGUGGAUUCGGAGGGAAUGAGUCGAGCUUCACGGACACACAAGCUCGGCGAGAUCGCUUCGAGGAAUACGACGAGUAUGAUGAGGGCGAAGUUGCUUCUCCACCACGGAGGAAAGAGAACACAACGUCAACAUCCAGCCACGUCAAACGAGAUGGGCUUAAGACGGCACCUCCAAAGACGACGACUGCUGCGCCUGCUGUGGAUUUACUGAGUUUCGACGACGCACCAGCAGCAUCCACCCCCGCAGGAAAGCAACCCGCUGCUCCAGUUACGCAGGAUGAUGACGACGAUUUUGACGACUUCCAGUCAGCUGCUCCGGCAGUGCCUGCAGCAUCGUUCGUACACACCUCAGCAGCUCCUGCAAUCGCUCCUCCCAAAUCAACACAUACAAUUGGCUCUUCGACACAGUUUGCACAGCCGCAGCCACACUCAGCUGCGCAGAACAACAACUUGAACGACCUGUUCGCUACUGUAUCCCCAGCCCCCUCUGCGAACAAGAUGACGUCGCCUCCGGUGUCCACUCCCGCAACAACAGCCCCAAGCAUGUCCCAGCCCUUCCGUCCUGCCGGCUACGGGAACAUCGGCCCCAACUAUUUCACCUCAGUUCCUGCGCCGUCAUCGACUAACACCACGCCUUCUAUUAUGUCGCCGGCCAUCGGCGGGAACAAGCCUGGCUCUUCUGCGCCCAAGGCAUCUGGCGGCGACGCUUUCGCUGCUCUCCUUUCGGGAUCCGCGCCAAAGAAGCCAGCUACCCCGACUCAAAAGGCCACAUUGGCAGAUAUGGCGAAACAGAAAGCAAGUGCUGGCAUUUGGGGCGCUCCUGCUUCAAGUUCGGGCACUCCCCCAGCGCAACAGAAGCCUGGAGGACCAGGCGGUGCUUUGGGCGAUCUCUUGGGGUAGUUUAGGGGAUAAAAGGGGUGUCCCGGUGCUGUUAUUUUUUGCGGAUUGUUUGUCAAUAGGAGUGGAAGUUUGCACGAUUGUGAUUCAGUUGUUUGAUGCUUAGAAUUUGCGGAUGGGUCACGCAUUUAGCGGGCUCCUGAAGAGUGAGGUGAGGGAUGAGGGAUUCGAGGCAACAUGAGA